CGGCCGGAACGCUUAGUUCAAAUUUUAAACUCGUUCGCGACGGAUCGGCCCAAGAAAAUAAGGAGAGACAGAGGGGAACAAACGGAUCAAAUCAAAAUUGUGGAUUUCAGUUUUUAAAGGAAGCAAUGGAAUUAAGUGAAAAUUUAUGUUUUUGAGUGCAAAUAACCUGCUAACACUGCUCGGAAUUGAUGAUCGAUAGUGAUUAAAGAUACAAAUAGUGAAAGUAUUAAUGAAAGAAGCAACUGCAAGUUAGUGAAACCGAACUGAAUUUUAGCCAAAUUCGGUCAUAUCAUUUGUUGGACCUCCAAACCAUAAAUAACCAAUAUUUGUCAUGCAAUUAGACUAUGAUAUCCUGCUAACGUUCACUGUACUGACAGCAUGUAUCACAAGCAUCGCCGGAGAGAACUACCAAACCGGACUCACCUUCAAUGACAUCCUUCCGGAAGAUCCCAAGCUGUACGACAAAAUGCGCCCGCCAAAAAAGGAAGGCCAGCCGACGACGGUGCUGUUCCACGUCACGGUCAUGGGACUGGACUCGAUCGACGAGACGUCCAUGACGUACGCGGCGGACAUCUUCUUCGCGCAAACCUGGAAGGACCACCGGCUGCGGCUGCCGGAGAACAUGACCUCCGAGUACCGGCUGCUGGAGGUCGAGUGGCUCAAGAACAUGUGGCGGCCGGACUCGUUCUUCAAGAACGCCAAGUCGGUCACGUUCCAAACGAUGACCAUCCCCAACCACUACAUGUGGCUGUACAAGGACAAGACGAUCCUGUACAUGGUGAAGCUGACGCUGCGGCUGUCCUGCGCCAUGAACUUCCUGAUCUAUCCCCACGACACCCAGGAGUGUAAGCUGCAGAUGGAGAGUCUCUCUCACACCACCGACGAUAUGAUCUUCCAGUGGGACCCGGAGGUACCGCUGGUCGUGGACGAGAACAUCGAGCUUCCUCAACUGGCGUUGCUGCGGAACUACACCGCUGACUGUACCCAGGUGUACUCGACCGGUAACUUCACCUGUCUGGAAGUGGUCUUUGAGCUGAAACGUCGUCUUGGGUACUAUCUCUUCCACACGUACAUCCCGACCUGUCUGAUCGUCAUCAUGUCGUGGGUCUCGUUCUGGAUCAAACCGGAGGCCGCCCCAGCCCGCGUGACCCUCGGAGUGACCUCACUGCUAACCCUUUCGACGCAACACGCCAAAUCACAAGCCUCCCUACCCCCGGUGUCCUACCUGAAGGCCGUCGACGCGUUCAUGUCCGUCUGUACGAUCUUCGUGUUCAUGGCCCUGAUGGAGUACUGUCUGGUCAACAUCGUACUGGGCGACUCGGAACCGCCGACGCCCCCGAAGCCCCACCCGCCGCCCAAGCUGGACCGGUUCAUCGAUCUGGCCACGACGCGGAACGGCAAACGGGGCAGCCGGAACCUCGAGAACAACGAAGUCACGGUCAACACGUUCCAGCGACAGUUGGCAGAGCUGCCGCCAGGAGUGCUAGAAAGCACCCUGCUUCUAUCGCCGGUUCCGCACAUCCAAGCGAUACCACCCCCGCCGGCCAAACCGGCCUCGGCCAUCCCGAAGCUUACGCCGGCCCAGAUCCGGCUCAAGCGGGCCAUCAACAUCGAUCGGUUCUCGCGGGUGUUCUUCCCGCUGCUGUUUACGCUGCUCAACCUCGCCUACUGGAUCAUGUUCUACGAGUACAUCUAAAUGACACAGCUGAAUCUUGAGAAAUUAUCUAUGCAACAAUUUCGUAGUGUAUAGUAGGUCUACAACACAUCAAAUAUAGAACUACUGUAAACGUCAAUUUUUGUAGCGCACUUAAUCUAGGAGAAGAAAUUCAACUUACACCAAUAACCAAGACUAACACGAUCUGUGUUUAGUUUUGGAUAUUGGUGUAUGACAAAACGUAUCGUGAAACAAAAGACAAAAUAAAAUGUAAAUUACUGAAGCACCAUGCGCCUCCAAGUGACGAUUUCAAACCGGUAGAGAAGCGGAACCAUGAGCGGAACGCAACUGUUACAGAAGAAAAUAACAAACAAACAAAUAUCAAACAUGCAAUAGCUGGUAUACGAACCUUAAUUUUAGUAAUACAAAAAUAAAACCUAACUGAUAAUGAAUAGCCGGCAAAGAUGGCACAAGUCAGCUCGUUUGUUGUAUGCAAAAUACACUGCGAGCUUGCGAGUUUAAUAUUUUGUAAAAA